UAUCACGAGACGUACAAUGAUAACAAAUACAGCUCACCAGUCCAGAGAAAGAUCAGUUUUCAUGUAGUUUGGAGGCCAUGUUUGCAAGGAAAAUAUAAAGCAAAAUGCAUUUUCGACAAAGUUUAGCAGAAUCGGUAUGGCUGGUGAUAGGUACGCUGUCGUUGUCUUUACUCAAUGGUCCGGGAGUUGAAGCGAACGUCUGCCCAAAAUACUACCCCUUUUCUGGCUGUCCGCGACCCGGUGACUUGUUGCAGGACACGGUGUGCUGUCAGCGCAACAGCCGGUACACUUGCUGCACUCCUGAGUACAUACAGGGAUGGGGUAUUGGCUUGAUAGUGGUUGGCAGCAUCCUGAUUUGCUCUCUCAUCCUCAUCACCUGCUGUCUCUGCUGCCGUAAGAAGAGGAAGCGACAAGAGUACGCCAUCCUCCGAGACGACUUCCCGCCCCAGCAAGCUGGAGUGAUCGUGGUCCCAUCAGGUCCCCCUCCUGCUCCCGGCCAGUACGGGUACAAUUACAACACCAUGGCCUACCCACCCUCUAACGUCAGUCUGCCUCCUGCCUACGAGCCCACGGCAAAACCAGCUGAACCAGCAGCACAGCCGACGCAGGAGCCGCAAGGCAACAAUGAAAGGAUGAGUGAGAACGAGGAAGAUGAUGCUGUGUAGAAAAAAUACCGCAUGGCACGGGAUUGAAUUUUGGUCAUCACAGCCGUUAUCGCAAAAAAUGCUGAAAUAGCAAAUUUGCUGGCGGUCGUCAAUCCGAAAGAAAGAGACAAUUCAAGUUGUUUUUAUUACACUCAACCUUCAAAUUUUAAAAUAAUCAGCUGCCAAAUAUCCAAACGAAGUUUUUCUUUAAACCUAAAUCUUAAAUAAUCUUACCAGCCUAGUUAUCUAACAUAAACUUUAAAAUAUUAUGUGCCUAGGGAAUAUGAUGUUAAGUGUAUCCUGAAUUUGAUUGUAACCAAUUCAAAAUCGCGCUGACUUUGUAAACAAAAGAAAGUGAAUUCAGUUCGGCGCUGAUGACGGCUUCUGAUAGGUGGUACGGUGCCAAAAAGUAUUGUUGACGACUACGAAUUCUUGAUUUUGAUAAUACAGAGGGCGCACUUUACCAGAGACCGAUGGAGUAAUACGAAAAAUGGCCCAAACUUAAAGGGAUGCUAAUCAGAAAAUGAUUAUUGCCUGGCUUUAUUUCCAUGCUGAGCGAAAAUCAGCUGACAUAACUGGGCAACGUAACUGGCUGCAAUCGUGCUCAGAGAAUUAGGAAUACUUGUUGGUUUAGUGAGGGUUGCAUCUUUAUACAAUUUGGUUGGAAUUAAACAUAUUUUUAGCAAUGAUUCGGGACAGAAGUCCACCUAUCCGCUUUACUCCGCUCACCUGCCAUUCGACUCACCCUGCCCACCAAUCCUACGAUGUCAUAACAAAAAACUCUGUAUAUGUACACGUACAUUAAAAUGCCGAUGUUGCAGCUUCUGCGCCAAAAUGUACAAUGUAAUAAAAUAUUCCCAGUUUGGCAGAUAUGGGACUACGUACUUUUUACGCACCGUCGCCCAUGUGGAACUUGCAAAGUGAUUUCAGUAACCAGGAUUUGUUUUAUUAGUCAUCGUAUUGUACGUUUCAAUUCUCUAUUAUCAAUCUGAAAUACGUCUCCCCAAUUAUAAGAAUAAAACCAUAGCUAUGGUCGUAUUUUGUUUGCAUGAACUUUUCCUUCAAAUGAACAGUUCUGCAAGCUGCUAUUUAUGGCAUAAUAGGCCUAUGGAAAGUUUGAACGCAUUAUAUAUAAACAAAAAAAUCGGCCUGUUUAGCUUUGUAAAAAAAAGUAUCAUAUUGUAAAAGUAGUUUUAUACCUAAACUGGCACAAAAGAUCUGAUUCAAGUUAUUAAAGGUGCUCGUCUGUUACUUUAAUGAUAAAAGUAAAAUAUGGUUGAUACUCUUUAAACUGUGUGUAAAGUUUAGAGAGCCUGAUGAUAUUUAAAUUCUUGAAAGCUGGCCGGAUAUUUUCCCAAGAGGCAAACGAAAGAUCCUGCUAAAGGACUGAAACGUGUUUUUUUCUAUUUAAAGCUACAGUCCCAUCAUUUGCAGCUAUCCAAAAAAUUACUGACGAAAUUAUUGUUGAAAAGCAUACAUGGUUGAAAGAUAGUAAUGGGACGAAACGUGGCCAGUUUUAUACGAAAUGGCGAACCACGAUUCGGGAACUUCACUUCGUAGAAUUCAAUUGUAUCAACAAUGACGCCCCUAUGCUUGCGAUGAACUUUGUGUUUGCUUUUUUGUGGUUUAUGAAGAUGAUUAAUAAUUGGUGAUAUAGCCUUAAAGGUAUCGUUUUGUUUACCAUGUGACUCAUGGAACAAUGAUUCCAACAAUUUCCUAUGUAUUAACGAUUUCCACAUGAACGCGGAUUUAAAGUAUUGAAUUUCAUCUGUAUUAAAAAUCUAAAACGCGGAUAAUUGUGGUUAGUAUGGCGAUACAUGUAUUCGUUUUGCAGUUUUUUUUAUAUCGUAAACGUAAUAUUGUAAACCUAAAUACUUUGAUAUAAUGUUCUGAUACAUUUAUGCAUAUUUGUGGCAUUAUGCGACUGUUACUACUAUUUUAAUAGAAAUCAGAUUGUUUUUGGUUAAUGGAUUUCCAAAUAAAUCAAAAAUGGAUCUCUAGUGUUUGCUAUAAUUACUUAUACAGAAUUGAUCAGAAAUCACGGUGGCUCCAAAGCUUCAAAAUAAACGAUUACGUAAGAAAUGAAACACACACAUUAAAAACUGUUUCUUUGAUUACAUCAUACAAUUACCGUUUUUAUUCAUGUUCAUUUUGGUGCUGAGCGCUUUCAAACAAAAAAACAAGCGCCAACGAAACAUCCUUUCAGACGGUGCGUGGUACUGUACUAAACAAUACGGUUUAUAUUUUUUAAUGUAAUACAUUAUAUAGAAAUCGGUCUCUACUACCGUUACACCUUACAAUGGAAAUGUCUGCGACAAUUAGUUUUUAAAAAUCUAAUUUCAUCGUUCGAGACGAACUCUGCUUCAGUUAUAACCACACCUUUGAACAUACAGAUUAACAAAAUCUUGGCUUCACAAACAUACAAUUGUUUUUUUUUUCCACAAAUAAUUCCAACCCUCUUCAUGUGGGGUUGUUAAUUCUGUUUAACUUUGUCUGAAGUCAACAAUCUCACCGAGAAUUUUCCCCCAAUUAACUAUCAAGUAAUGCCAAGAUUUUUUUUUCAAUAAUAUAUCAAAAAUAAUUCAUUCAAAUUAUGAAAUUGAAAUUAAAAAAAAAAAAUGCGUUUUCAUUUUAUCCUAACAAGGUCGGAGACACUGAAACAAUAACCCCUGUGUCAUUAGUCAGAAUUUGUUUCUGGAUUUUUUUUUUGGCGAAAAAAAAUUGCAACAGGAAAUGUACACAACAUUUUUGAAGUAUUUUUUCAAACUAAAAAAACAAAAUGUCUCAAAUCAGAUCCACAAGACCACAUGUAGACUGGUGACCAUACCCAUGGUUAGAAAUGAGCACUAUGACCAUGUCUUACCAACAGGUACCAGACCAAUAUGGCUAUACAAACAACAAAGGCCUGGUACCAUUAAACUUUCAAGAAUUUCAAGUACAUUUGUAAGUACACAAAUAUUUGAUUCCAAGAGUGUAGAGAGCUCAAGUUGUACAUGAAGCAAUACUUGUCUUACUCUUAUUUUGGUGGCCACUGCUUAUGAUCAAGAAAAUGUACUCAUGAUUAAGUGAGCACACAAAUUGUGCUUGCAAAAACAAUGCAUGUAGGACACUGCACAGACUUCUGCCAGCAUUCAAAAUUCCUUCAGACAGGUCUUGAUAUUAUGCUUUCUUUACCAUUUGUCAUUUCUCUGUAUAAAUCCUGCAUGUACACAAAGGGCCCCUGAACAUGGAUUGCAAAUAUUUCCUACACUGGCUUCAGAAUCUCCACCAGAUAACAUUCUAAAUUUGAAAUGAUUUUUUUGAGAAAUAAUUCCCCAUCAUUACUUUUCAGAUCAGGAGCACAGACC